AUGGCGCAGUCGAAAGAAUGGCCAAAGAUGCUCCGCGGUGAGUUAUACUGGGCAGGAGACGAGGAUCUACAGGCGAAUCGAACAAGGUGUAAAAAGGCCUGCGAGGAAUUCAAUGCUGCUGGAACUGAAUCGAGGCGUCGAAAGGUAGAGCUGUGGAGAAAUAUUAUCUGCGACACUCGUCCAAUGCCACCAGUGAACCCUGACCCAAAAGAAGAUGAUGCGCUUUUUGAGGAGACAGACCCCUUUGUCGACGGACCAAUCUCGGUUGACCAUGGACAGAACUUCAAGGUCGGCAAAGGCACCUUUCUGAACUUCAAUCUUGUCGUGCUCGAUACCUGCUUGAUUACCAUUGGAGAACGAGUUUUGUUCGGUCCAAAUGUCUGCCUUUACGGCGCAACUCAUCCCAUGGACCCGGCUGUUAGACAGGGGUUAAAGGGACCGGAGUGUGGAAAGGAGGUGCAUAUCGAGGACGAUGUUUGGAUUUGCGGUAGUGUGGUUGUGCUGGCGGGCGUUCGCAUCGGAAAGGGUAGCACAGUAGGAGCUGGCUCAGUGGUGACGAAGGAUGUUCCUCCUUUCCACUUUGUUGCGGGAAAUCCCGCCCGAGUCAUUCGUCGCGUUGAAACAAGCAUGGACCCAGAGCAACAACAAUGA